UCCCGGAGCCCCACUGCCCCAGCGGCUUGGCGCUCCGGCCCAGGCCGCCCGACCCGGCGGAGAGCGCGCCAUGGCCGCCCCUGACCUGUCCACCAACCUCCAAGAGGAGGCCACCUGCGCCAUCUGCCUCGACUACUUCACUGACCCUGUGAUGACCGACUGCGGCCACAACUUCUGCCGCGAGUGCAUCCGGCGCUGCUGGGGUCAGCCCGAAGGCCCGUACGCCUGCCCUGAGUGCCGCGAGUUGUCCCCGCAGAGGAACCUGCGGCCCAACCGCCCGCUCGCCAAGAUGGCCGAGAUGGCGCGGCGCCUGCACCCGCCAUCGCCCGUCCCGCAGGGCGUGUGCGCCGCGCACCGCGAGCCGCUGGCCGCCUUCUGCAGCGACGAGCUGCGCCUGUUGUGCGCGACCUGCGAGCGUUCGGGGGAGCAUUGGGCACACCGCGUGCGCCCGCUGCAGGACGCGGCCGACGACCUCAAAGGGAAGCUGGAGAAGUCCCUGGAGCACCUGCGGAAGCAAAUGGAAGAUGCCCUGCUGUCCCAGGCCCAAGCAGAGGAGACCUGUGCCUUGUGGCAGAAAAUGGUGGAGAGCCAACGGCAGAACGUGCUGGGUGAGUUUGAGCGCCUGCGCCGCCUGCUGGCCGAGGAGGAGCAGCAGCUGCUGCGGAAGCUGGAGGAGGAGGAGCUGGAGGUGCUGCCCCGGCUGCGUGAGGGCGCUGCAAGGCUGGGCCAGCAGAGUGCUCAGCUGGCCACGCUCAUCACAGAGCUGGAGGGCCGCUGCCAGCUGCCGGCUCUGGGACUUCUACAGGACAUCAAGGAUGCCCUGCGCAGGGUUCAGGAUGUGAAGCUGCAGCCCCCGGAGGUGGUGCCCAUGGAGCUGAGGACCGUAUGCAGGGUCCCGGGGCUGGUAGAGACUCUGCGGAGGUUUCGAGGGGAUGUGACCCUGGACCCGGACACCGCCAACCCUGAGCUGGUCCUAUCUGAGGACAGGAGGAGCGUGCAGCGAGGUGACCUGCGGCAGGCCCUGCCCGACAGCCCUGAGCGCUUUGACCCUGGCCCCUGUGUGCUAGGUCAGGAGCGCUUCACCUCGGGCCGCCACUACUGGGAGGUGGAGGUGGGGGAUCGCACCAGCUGGGCCCUGGGCGUGUGUAGAGAGAACGUCAACCGCAAGGAGAAGGGGGAGCUGUCCGCUGGCAAUGGUUUCUGGAUCCUGGUCUUCCUGGGGAGCUACUUCACCUCCACGGAGCCGGCCUUCUCUCCACUCCGGGACCCUCCUCGGCGCGUGGGGAUCUUUCUGGACUAUGAGGCUGGACACCUCUCAUUCUACAGCGUGACUGAUGGGUCCCUGCUGUUCAUCUUCCCGGAGACGACCUUCUCUGGGACACUCAGGCCCCUGUUCUCGCCUCUCUCCAGCAGCCCCACCCCUAUGACCAUCUGCCAGCUGAAAGGCAGGCCAGGGGACACCCUGGUUCCCCAGUGACUGAUGCUCUCAGGGACCUAGUCAUGGAGUCUGGGUUUCUCGGCCAUGUGGGGACCCUGGAGGAGGGGAGUGUGUCCUGAGUGGUAGGAAGAACAUAUAGUGCCUUCUGAGUGCUCCAAGCCCUGGCUCUGGGGACUGCAUCAGGGUGCAGGUGGGCUGUCCUCCCUGUGGGCCCUCCACAGGCCCCCUGAACCCUCUGUACCAGCGUCUCUGGCCUCGAGUUCCAAGAGCUUGGUGAGCCUGGCUGGAAGUGCACAGUAGGCCCUGUCCUAGCCCCGGAAGCUCCCUGAACCCCAACUCAGUGAAGAUGCUGGGCAAGGCCAUGGGGAGCCCUCCAGCCCCUAAAGGCUUGGUGCCAUGAAUUGGAGGGCUCUGGAUAGGGAUGAGGGGACAGCAGACAGAGCCUUCAGGGAGGGGAUGGCCUGGGCAGGAAGUGAGGGGACCCGCCUGGUGACAGGUUGUACAUGCUCUAUAUACAGGAUGCCUGUUGAGCUGGUAAGUGGCGCUCCAGGUGAUAUUCCCUGGCUUCACCCUCACACAUGCUUCCCUGGCCUAGUGGCCUCCUGCUGGUGGCUGUGCAGGCAACCCCUGUGCACCUCCCCAGGCCUCCUGGCCUGCAACAGGAUAGCAGUGACCCCAGGAGAACCCCAGGAUUGCCUUUGUAUUAGUUGGGAUUUUAUUCCUGUUUUAUUUAUUGUGAUGACAGUGUUUCCACCCUAAAUAAACUUUGAAUACAGUUGCCA